AAAGUGUGCAAAAACGAAUUUGGGAGUUUAUAAUCUGCAUCUACAAUGACUGAAAUCAAAUUGGUUAGUUGCAAGAAUAUUAUUUCAGGCAAUGCAAAGAAAUUUAGGGGAAUAACAUUUGAAUGCAUUGUGUAUUUAUAAUAGUUUCCUCAUUGCGAAAUUUAAGCAAGGUAGAUGCAACUUGGCACUAUGGCUGAUAAACUAAAUAUUUUAUACAGUUCAAUACAUUGUGUUGGUGGGGUGAGGCGAGCUUGGAAAGUGAGGCAUCACAUUUCAUAACACAGGCGGUGGAAAAGUCUCCCUCUUAUCCGCCAAUAGGGGGGGCUGGGGGAGGAGUCAGGUGAAGCAGCGGAGGAGGUUAUAGGCUACCACCCACCACUUGACUUUGCUUUAAGGACACUUGGAAUAAUUUUUCCAGAAACUCCUCUAUUUGAUACCUGAAGGUAUUUAUCAUUCCUUAAUAAGUGCAUGCCAACGUGUAUGAGUGUGUGGGUGCAUUGUAGUUUCUGAGGUAGGAGGGAGCGUGGAGUGUGUUUUAUUUACCUCCACCACAGGCAUACGUGGCACACACUGCGCGCGUGAGAGUUUGUGUGUGAGAGAUUAAAAAAAAGAAAAAAACGAAAAGAAAAGAAAAAAAGAAAAAAAUGCCACUGCCAGGUCGACACUGCGACUGGAGAGAAUUUAAAUGAAAUAUAAAUAAUCGCAACGUUAAUGUUUUUGUGGUCACUCAAGGACAUGUCAUUAUUAUUCGAGUCGACUGAAAAAGCUACAUCAGAGGCUCAGACUGUUGCAUCAGCUUUUUUUUAAUUUUCCUAUAAACUCAAGUACUAAAACUGAAAAAGGAGAAAUUAUUUACUAAUGAUUAAUAAAAAUGUCACUAGUUUAGUAGUGGUAGUCGUACAUAAUCAAAUUAGACCGUUUUCUGUACCACCUCUAACCCAUUCCCACUGAUGUUGCGUAUUUACAUGCAUCACACGUGUCCACAAAUCAAAUCCUAAAAGGAUGUUAGACUGUGAUCAUUCAGGAGCACACCGGAGCCAUUGAGAAAAAGAUUAAGUUAACUAAAAAUAAAAGAAAACCUAAUUCAAAAAUAAAAUUCAAAAAACAGUAACAUCAAUUAUUAUUCUAAAAUAAUACUAUUAAUAAUAAAUUAUAUUUUAAAUAGUUAAAUAGUUUCAGACUGAAACAUGCAGUUGUGAAAUGUACAAUUUAUUUGGAUUAUGUAAAAGUAGACAUGUAGUCAAACAAGGCUUAUGAAGUGAGGCGGGACAAGUAGCAUCAAACCGGGAGCGAGGCCACAGUGUUAGCCGCCUGAUAGCACGUCGGAUAGCAAUUAGCCUAUCUCGCCUGAGCUAACACGUUCCCAGCCGAGUUUCGUCUCAACCUGGUUUCAGUUUUCAACCACAAUAUCCAUGGAUUAGACUCCACCUACUUCGGCCUUGGUCCACAAAGCUUGUCCAUUUUCCUUUCGAUCCGAUACCAAGUAAUACCAAGGUUAAUAUCCCGAUACUGACACCAAUAUCGAUACGUUUAGACGGCAUCUUGUGUUAAUGAGAAUAAUGACGUUUACAACGAACUCAGUUGCUCAUAAUCAGAGCAAUUAAAGACAGUCUGUGCAAUUCAACAAGUCAACUGAAAAUCUGAGCAAAUCACAUAAAAAAUCUCUCUCAAAAAAAAUAAAAAAUCAGUGGCCGUUCAUAUAAUUUUUUUUUUACUACACGGAGUGGUCUAUAGGUUAGAACUCGACAGAACUUGAACUUCGAAGAAAAGGGUGUCAUGAAAGUCUUAAUGUUUCUUGUGAAAGCGAUAUUUUGAUAUGGAUAUUUUGACGUGAAGAUCGACUCUAAGUAUCGAUAUUUCCUGAUCCUCGGCUCCCUCCAGAUAGGCGCCUCCCAAAUGUUGUAGUAGUCUGUGUACAGUAAGUGCUCGCCACACAAAAAGGCCUUUUUUUUUUAGAUAUUUGCAUGUUUUCCGGAUUUUUUUUCUUAUUUGUGUAUUAUGAGUUAUACACCGCUGUAUAAAUAUCUAAUAUGUUACGCUUAAUUUGAGAAAAAGAAGCAGACCUUCGCACGCUACAUCUUUCAUGACACGCUGACAGCCACACAGCUACACGUGCUCGUCUUAGCACGCGGAAGGAUUAAAGAACAGUGUUUUGUUCAACUCGACGAUUGCGACUGACUCUUCGUUUACAAGUUCUGGUGGAUAUAAGAUGGAGAAACAGCCACUGCCAGGCGAUGAUGACAAGUCAGGUAUGGCGGAGUCGGGGAUCGAUGGCUACGCUGGCGAGGAAUGCCAGCGGGACCCGUCUGAACCUGCAGCUCGAGCUGGGUGGAACAGCAAACUGGAGUAUUUUUUGGCUCAGGUGGGAUUCAGCGUCGGACUCGGCAACGUCUGGAGGUUUCCGUAUUUGUGUCACCAGAAUGGAGGAGGAUCUUUCCUUCUGCUCUACGUGCUGCUGAUGUUGAUUGUGGGAAUCCCCUUGUUCUUCCUGGAGCUGGCAGCGGGUCAGGCCAUCCGUCAGGGGAGCAUUGGAGUGUGGAAGUACAUCUCUCCCAAGCUCGCAGGCAUUGGCUACUCGAGCUGUGUGGUUUGUUUCUUUGUGGCUCUCUACUACAACGUGAUCCUUGCAUGGAGUCUUUUUUAUCUUGGAAACUCGUUCCAGUACCCUUUACCUUGGCAAGAGUGUCCAGAACAGGGGAAUGUAACGGUUGAAGAAUGUGAAAAGAGCUCUCCCACGUCGUACUUUUGGUACCGCAAGGCUUUGGAUAUCACCGAUUCGAUCGAUGAGACGGGCUCCUUUAACAUCUACAUCGUCUGCUGUCUGCUGUUAGCCUGGACUAUUGUGUGCCUGGGAAUGUUCAGGGGUAUCAAGACCUCUGUCAAGGUGAUGUAUUUCUCCUCUGUCUUCCCUUACGUCGUGCUGUUCUGCUUUCUCGUCCGUGGACUUAUGCUGGAUGGAGCCAUGGAAGGAAUCAAAUACAUGAUCUACCCUAAGUUGGAAAUCUGGGCAGAUAUACAGGUGUGGCGGCGGGCUGCCACCCAGGUCUUCUUUGCUCUCGGGCUUGGCUUUGGGUCCAUUAUCGCAUACUCCUCCUACAAUCCCAAGAACAACAACUGCCACCGUGAUGCCUACACCGUCUCCACGAUUAACUUCCUCACAUCUGUUCUGGCCACGAUGGUGGUGUUCGCUGUGCUCGGCUUCCGUGCCAAAAACAAAGUGAUGGAAUGUGUGAGCAGAAACAUGGAGGAGCUACAAAAGCAGUUUCAAGGUGGUUUUGUGGAUCAAAACUUCAUGCCAGGCUUCAAGUACUCCAAUGACAGUUCAGUGGAUCUAAAUGACUACAGGUCCUGGUUUAGUCAGUAUGGAAGUAAGGUUCCUGGCAACUUAACAGACUGCGACCUGGAAAAGGAGAUGCAGAAGGGUGUCGAGGGCACAGGUCUAGCUUUUAUCGCCUUCACUGAGGCCAUGACACUCCUGCCCGGCAGCCCUUUCUGGUCGGCACUCUUUUUCCUCAUGCUGCUCAACCUGGGCCUCAGCACCAUGUUCGGCACCAUGGAGGGCAUCCUCACCCCUCUCACCGACUGCUUCAAAACUGUGGCCAACAACAAGACCAAAUUCACAAUCUUCAGCUGCAUUGUCGGCUUUCUGAUCGGCCUGCUCUUUACCCAGCGCUGUGGGAACUACUUCGUAAUGAUGUUCGAUGAUUACUCCGCCACUCUGCCCCUCAUCAUCGUGGUGGUGUUUGAGACCUUCAGUGUGUCGUGGCUUUACGGAGCUGACAGGUUCCUUGAUGACAUUGAGGCAAUGCUCGGCUGGCGUCCCCCUGCCAUUUACAAGUACUUGUGGAAAUACAUUUGCCUGCUGGCUAUGGUGGGGCUGCUGGGAGCCACCACUGUCCGCAUGUUCAUCACGCCCCCCACCUACAUGUCAUGGAACCAGGAAACGGCCACUGAGAUAUAUGUGGACUAUCCUGGCUGGGCUCUGGCUGUUUUGGCUUUACUGAUCAUUUUUGCCAUGACGCCCGUCCCACUAGCCUUCAUCCGCAGAGUUCUGCUCGACAGGAGAAAGCAGACAUCCAGAAGCGCGGAGGCUGGUCAGUACAGUAUGGUUAACACAGAAGAAACGCCCAUGUCUGACAUGUCAAAGUGAGUCACGGGGAAUGUGACCGCUGCUUCUUUUUUAUGAACGUUGGACUUCUCAUGCAAAUGUGAAAAGACAAUUCCCCAAAAUUUGAAUGUACCGUUUUGUUAAGAACAAUUCCAUUAUCUCACAGCUUUUAGUGGGACAAAGGGUUUUAAUAAAGGUAUUUUUUUUUUUACUUAAAUUUUUUUUUUUUUUUUAAUUUUAGUAUAAACAGUGUUCCAGUAAGAAGUACGUGACAAAUAAUUUAUUGUGCCUGAACCACAAGUUGUUCUCCAAAUGAGGAAAACUAAUAUAAUCUUAGUUUUCAGUAUAAGCAAUAGACCUCACGCCAUGUUACUGAAAUUACUUAUUUUUAAUUUAAGUACUCGACUUGUUGGGGGCAUCUCAUCACUGCCAUAAAAUCUCCCGAGCAUGUCAAGCUCUUACUUGAUUUUUUUCCGUUGUUGUCCAGACGUUUAUUAAGAAUCAGUCAGUUAAGCUAACUAUCUUAUAUACCUACAAGACAUCAAUCCUGUUCUCUUUACUAAAUCUAACCAUGUUUACAGCUCAAAAACACAAGUGAGUCACUGCUGCAGCGCUACAGGGAUGUAGAGUACACAAACACAAGGGCUCUGAACUGGUUUAUCAACUGACAGCAUGGAAAACAAAUCAGUUUGUGAUGUAAAUAUGUAAAUGGAAACAUGUAAAAACGGAACAUUUCUGAGAUGUGCCAAUCUUUAUGGAUGUACAUAGGAAAUUUGUAUUUUGUGUCAGCUGGGGUAGUAAGGAAACUAUUUUUCAGUUUUCGUUUUUUAUUGUUGUUGUUGUUUUUUUUUUUUCAAACAACCGCUGACCAGGCAAAGUAUUUGGCUGCAGGUGUAAAGAACAACUUGCAGGUCUCUGACCCUAGCGAAUUAAUGAGUAGGAUGAAGCACAAGAAUAUUUUUUUAUAUAUUCAUUUCAAUAUCAUUUAGCUUGUAUCCACUUCAAGACCCACAAUGUGGACCAGUUAAAAUAUGUACCGUGCUUGCGUGUUGAAAAUGUAAAUACACCUGAACGACCGCAGUUUCAUAAUUAUGUGUCAAAGACACCAGAACAGACCAGGUUUGAGAGAAAUAAGAGAAAUCAACAAGAUCUAAUUUGAGCAGAGGGGAGAACCAGGUAACAUUUGUUUCCAAUAAAACUGGCACGCCGCAAAAAUGGACUGAAUCCAAAGAUUCACUAACCAUUUAAGCAUAUAUUUAAUUCAAAACAGUACAAACACAACAUCAAGUUUACUUAGUUUGAUGCUUACAACACUAUAUAAAAGUAGGGACUGAAGCUUGUGGCACCACUACACUCUUAAGUGUUCCUGUAGUUUUUAAAGCAAAAUGUUUCCUACUCUUCAUGAUUAUGAAUCAUGAGUAUGAUUUCAGCUGCUCAGCAGUAUUCUUAGUUUUUUUGCCUCGUAAUGCUGCAGAUGUUUUCAAUGGUGAUGGGUUUGGACUGCAGGCAGACUGCAGUGUCCCUGAUGCUAAUGCAACAAAAUAGUGUUUGUUUUUAAUGUAUGCACUUGGUCUUCAGCUUUGUCCCUCGAGCACACAGACUGGAUACUCUCUGGAUACUCUCAUGCACCGGAGAGGAUAAAGCGGCCCAGUUCUGGAUUAAACUCUUGAUUGAGUUGUUAAACUGUUUACCUGUGUAGUGUUUGACAUCAUCUUAACUUCUCACAGCCUCGCGGAGCUUCUCUUUUUUUUUUUCUGAUCCAGUCAUGUUAGUUACUGAACUGUUGUAAGUUAACCUAAUGAAAGCGGUACAGACGGGUCGACAGAGCUGAAACACACAACAAAUUAUUCCAGGUGUUUUCCAUGUUUCUAUGGCGGUGUGAACUGUAAAUCUGUAUGUGUAUAUGGCUUUUUAAGAAAACAUGUGCUUCCAUCUUUUUAUUAAAGAAUUUCAGCAUG